GACCGCAUAAUAUUUUGUGUACGGUCUACCUUAUGGCUCCACGUACUUCUCGACCCGUAAUCUAAUUCCAUUCUUUUACACCGGCAAUAAUAAUGUCGGAUAAUAUUAUUUAGUAAAUGAACGAUUUGUGGACGUGAUCACUUUACAUGACAUCCUCCUCUUGAACCAAAUACAAUCAUUCAUAUUUCAUGACUGACCAAUGUGAAUGUGCCCAUGUAAUCAGAAUCACGAGCUGUUUCGUUAAGUAAUGUGGAGCCAAAUCUGUGGAGGACAAAGACUAAUAAACUGAGAGCUGGAUAUCGUUGUGCAUGUGCAUGAUGCAUAGCUAAACUAAACGAAACGACGCAUCCAAUUUCAUUGUUUAGUCGUAUUCGUCUCCAAUUUAUGCAAAACGUUAUUCUAAAUAAAUUCAGACUAGCUCAAGUUAAUGUUGGUAGCGGUAGAUAAGUCUAGCUUUACAAGCAGCCUGAUUUUUUCCACUUCUUCACAGUUGCAAUCUGGAUGUGGACUUGCUGUUAAGAUUUUCAUCAAGGCUUUCUUUCUUCUUUGUGAGUGUGCAUAGACGCUGAAAAGAUUUUGUUUCGUUCCCUGUCAAUUUGUCGGCGAUAUUGAGUCGUUCAAAUAGCAAUUUUUCCCAAAUUUGAUUUUUGGCAACUUUUACCGCCUACUUGGAAUUGAUUAAAGUACAAAGCAUUUCAUUUUCCGGCAUACCACAAGUCCACCACCCAAGACACAAGAGAUCAACGCUUUACUGAAAACUACAACAAAACGCAUCUCCGUAAACAUGACCAGCCUACAAAACCCUCACGGUCCACUUCAAAUCAUCGACUUUGUCGAAAACCCUGACCCCUCCAACAAAAACCGGAUGCUUCAUUUGAACGAAGAUGUCCUUUCAACCGUAUUUCAAGCUGCGGGAGAACGACGCAUCGCCAUAAUUUCCAUUGCAGGCCCGUCUCGCAAAGGGAAAUCUUUCUUCCUCGAUUUCUUAAUCCGCUACCUGGAAGCUUUUGAAAAGGAUGACUCCGACUGGAUGGACUGGGACGAUAAGAACAAACCCCUCGAAGGAUUCUCUUGGCGAACUUCGAUUGAGCGAGAAACUUCUGGCAUCGUCAUCUGGAGCAAACCUUUCAUCAUUAAGGCGAACGGUAAAGAGAUUGCGGUACUGCUGAUGGACACUCAAGGCACGUACGACGAGUAUACGACUGAACGCGAAAUGUCUGCUAUCGUCGGCCUCACCCUUCUCUCCUCGUCUUGUCUCAUCUUCAAUUUUUUCAACGGGAUUCAAGAAGACGUCUUCAACUCGCUGGACACGUACAUCAAGUACGGACAACUUGCUCUGGGAGGUGACGACGAUGAUAUGGAGGUCGAUCAAGACAAAGUCACCCCGUUCCAGAAACUUGUAUUUCUCAUAAGAGAUUGGAAUAUGCCAACAGAAUUUCCAUAUGGCUCGAAAGGGGGGAAAGCGUAUCUGGCGGAGAAGUUGAAGAUUAAGGAUAAACUGACGGAAAUGGGGGAACAUGUGAGGAAUCGUUGCGCCUCUGUUUUUCUGAGUUGGAUUGCUGCCUCCUUCCCGGUUUGGGGGAGAAAGCCACACAAGAAGGGUUUAACGGAUCCUUGGCCCAACUUUCUCCCAACUUUUGCAAAAAAUUGGAAGAGAUGAUUAACGAUGUUCUCAACCCUGAUGACCUCCCGGUAAAAAGUGUGUUUGGAAAUGAAAUCCAGGCCGUCGAUAUGCCCAACUAUUUCAGACAGUAUGUACAAGUAUUUAACCAGGAUGAGCUCCCAAGUCCGAUGAGUUUAAUGGAGGCGUCCGCUCUAAUAUCGAAUGGUCACCUGGUGACGAAUUCAGUUAAGAAAUAUGCAGAACUUAUGAAGAAAAAGCAGAGGGGAAAGCAAUUCAUGGCAGAUGGUUUACUCUCAUCUUCUCAUAAAGCAGCCAUGGCCGAUGCAAUGAAAGAAUUCAAGUCGGCUAGAAAACUUGGCAGUAAGGAAUCCAUCCAGACUUUCGAGGAGGAUCUUAACUUAAAAAUUUCCGAGGCUUUCACCAAGUUCGAUAAUGACAACAAGACAAAGAGAGCAAAGCUUAUUGACAGUGCGGUGCAGAGCUCUGUCACAACAUACAGAGAAGCACUGCAGUCCGAGUUUGAAGAUGAUGAUGCUUUUCUGGAGGAGAAGAAGCUUAAAAAUCUGGCACAGUCUCAUCAAUCGACCGCAUUAUCAGAACUGAAAGAAAAUCUGAUAGAAUGUGACGACGUAUUGUUGGAGCAAACCGAGUCCGCACUGGAAAAAAAGUUGGAAGAGGAACAAGAAAAAUGUUUGCAGGACAAUAAAACUAGGAAACUAACGGCCGAAAAGAAGAUUAGUACAGCUAUAAAGGGAAUCUGUGACCUGUACGAACAAGACUUGUCAGACCAUUUGGAUGAAGAUAAGUACAUAACGUUAGAAGAAUUGGAUGCGUAUGAUAAAGAAAGUCGGCCAGAAUUUGCCAAGAGAUUUGAAAAAGUGAAAAAAUUAGGACCCAAAGAUUUCAUGUCUUUAGAAAGAAUUUGGACUCUGAUUUGCAACAAUUAUUUGAAAAGAUUAAGAAUAACCAAGAAAUUGAGCUCAAUAAGGUGGAAGCCGAAACAUCGUCCCUUCUGGAUCAAACUUUUACAGAGUCAGUCGAAUUCUUCCGGUCAGAAUUGGAUAUUGAUAACGACAUCGCAAAGGAACAAGCAAAACUCCAGAACACGGAAGUCGCCGUGAAAUAUUUAAAAUCAAGACUAAGUAUUCCAAUUGAAAGCAGAAUUGGCCAGUCGCUCCUGGAGAAAUUAAGGGAGACACUCCCUAUAAAAUUUGAAGAGGUCGAAAAGGACGUCGUUAGAGAACGGCAAGAAUGCGAAACAAGUUACAAAGACGCCGUGGAAGAAGGGUACGAUAUUUACGUUCAAGAUAUUGUACAUUUUAUUGGGAGUAAUUUCUGCGAGGAGGACGAACUGGAUGAAAAGCAUCCUGACUGGAAAGAAAAA